AUGGGGGUGUUGAGGACCACGCCUCGCAACUUCGGUCAGGCCCUCUCUGAGUCUGUGAACCUGUACCUCCAUCUCCUGCCAUCGUUCCUCCUGCUUCUGCGUUUCUUCAUUCCAACGCUUACUCAGGUCAGACUGGAACCAGCUCCGCCCCCUUCGGAAUCACCAUCUGGGGUGAUUUCCGGUUCUGCGGGUUUUGGUACCUUUUUCGGUCCCAUCCUCGUCCUAAGCAAAAUCCUGUCUUUUCCCAAACGAAAGCAGGUAAAACGUCAGGAAAGCGGCUGCAAAAGCCAUGGCGAUGACAACAGGGAAGAGGCCAUUAAUAUUUAUGGGGCUCUUGUUCUUUCAAAACGGCAGAUGGUGCGACUUGGAGACAUCAUCAGUGCUGAACCUGGGGUUAGAGGGCUUGGAGGUUUGCGGUGGGACGCCAUCACGGAGAUGGACGAGCACAACCGGCCCAUCCACACCUUCCAGGUCUGCAACGUGAUGGAGCCCAACCAGAACAACUGGCUCCGCUCCAACUGGAUCCCGCGUCAGGCCGCGCAGAAAAUCUACGUGGAGCUGCGGUUCACGCUUCGCGACUGCAACUCCAUCCCCUGGGUGUCCGGCACCUGCAAAGAAACCUUCAACCUCUUCUACCACGAGACCGAGGAAGUCCACAACGUCAAAUUCAAAUCCACGCAAUACACCAAGAUCGACACCAUCGCGGCGGACGAGAGCUUCACGCAGAUGGAUUUGGGAGACCGCAUCCUGAAGCUGAACACGGAGGUGCGCGAAGUGGGGCCCAUGACCAAAAAGGGUUUCUAUCUGGCGUUUCAGGACAUAGGCGCGUGCAUCGCUCUGGUGUCGGUUCGAGUUUACUACAAGAAAUGUCCCUUCACGCUGAGGAACUUGGCUUCGUUCCCGGACACGGUGCCUCGGGGAGACUCGUCGUCGCUGGUGGAGGUGCGGGGCGCGUGCAUAGACCACGCAGAGGAGCGGGACACGCCAAAGCUGUUCUGCGGCGCCGACGGGGACUGGCUGGUGCCGCUGGGGAAGUGCGUCUGCAGCGCGGGACAUGAGGAGAUGGACGGGGCCUGCAUGGCGGAUCAGUGCAGGCAGGAACUCGCAGCAGGGAAUCUGUUGGACCAGCGGCACGCCAUCAUCACGGUCCAGUGA